AUGGCAUUAUCAUCGCUGGAUGGACCAAAUUUUGCUUCUCCCAAAGAUCUUUGAAUAUUAUAAUGAGAGCCCACUUGAUGCUUCCAAAAAUAUAUUUGCAGGUGGUGGCAUAGCUACCUAUACUGAAGUUUUAACUCCGGGGUUUUUGAUUGACAAGGGCAGUGAUUCAUCUGCUCCAUAUACGGCGAACUAUCCCCUCUUUCUUUUAUCUUUGGCUCAACUUCAGUCCUUUUUUUCCUUUGAUUUCCCGAAAGCUAUGGAGUUCCUCAACUCAAUCGCGGGUCUGAUCCCCUGUUUCUAUGAUCACACCUCCAGGCAUACGCUCUACAUUCGUGAUCUGAAAAAAAAUCUCCGAGCCUUGAGCCAGAAAAUGGAGGAGCUCAACAACUUGUAUGAAGAUGUGACGGCAAGGGUUGAAGGUGAAGAGCAACGACAGAUGAGGCGCAGAAAGGAAGUGGGUGGCUGGAUCCGUAGAGUAGAAGAAAUGGUGGAAGAAGUUAACGAAAUUCUGCGAAGAGGUGAUCAAGAAAUCCAGAAGAGAUGUCUCAGAUGCUGUCCCAGGAAUUGUUGGUCUAGCUACAAGAUUGGGAAGGCAGUAAGCGAAAAGCUGGUUGCUGUAUCUGAUCAAAUGGGCAGAGGACAUUUCGAUGUUGUAGCCGAGAUGCUGCCUCGUCCUCUAGUAGAUGAACUGCCCAUGGAGGAGACUGUGGGCUCAGAAUUGGCGUACGACAGAAUCUGUGGGUUUCUCAAAGAUCCACAAGUGGGAAUUAUGGGAUUAUAUGGAAUGGGAGGUGUGGGCAAAACCACCCUCUUGAAGAAAAUCAACAAUGACUUCCUCACUACAUCCAGCGAUUUUGAUGUUGUGAUUUGGGAUGUGGUGUCAAAACCGCCCAACAUUGAAAAAAUUCAGGAAGUUAUUUGGAAUAAAUUACAAAUCCCACGUGAUAUAUGGGAAAUUAAAAGCACUAAGGAGCAUAAGGCUGCAGAAAUAUCCAGAGUUCUGAAAACAAAGAAGUUCGUGUUGCUGUUGGAUGACAUCUGGGAGCGACUCGAUCUCCUAGAAAUGGGGGUCCCCCAUCCCGAUGCUCAAAAUAAGUCGAAGAUAGUUUUCACAACCCGCUCACAGGAUAUGUGCCGCCAAAUGCAAGCUCAGGAGAGUAUAAAAGUGGAGUGUUUGUCAUUAGAAGCGGCUUGGACUUUGUUUCAGAAGAAGGUAGGAGAAGAAACAUUAAAGUCUAAUCCACAUAUACCGAGGCUUGCAAAGAUUGUUGCUGAAGAGUGCAACGGUUUACCUCUGGCUUUGAUUACUCUUGGGCGAGCUUUGGCAGGUGAGAAAGAUCCCUCAAAUUGGGACAAGGUAAUACAAGAUUUGGGCAAAUUUCCAGCUGAAAUUUCGGGUAUGGAAGAUGAAUUGUUUCAUAGAUUAAAAGUCAGUUAUGAUAGAUUAUCUGAUAAUUUCAUCAAAUCUUGUUUUACAUAUUGGUCCUUAUUCUCUGAAGAUCGGGAGAUUUAUAAUGAAAACCUUAUAGAAUAUUGGAUAGGAGAGGGAUUUUUGGGCGAAGCUCAUGACAUACAUGAAGCGCGUAAUCAAGGGCAUGAAAUUAUUAAAAAAUUAAAGCAUGCAUGUUUAUUGGAGGGUUGCGGCUCAAAAGAACAAAGGGUUAAGAUGCAUGAUGUGAUCCACGACAUGGCUUUGUGGUUAUAUUGUGAAUGUGGGAAGGAAAAGAACAAAAUUUUAGUAUACAAUAAUCUUUCUAGACUGAAGGAAGCUCAAGAAAUAUCAAAAUUAAAAAAAACGGAGAAGAUGUCAUUAUGGGAUCAGAAUGUUGAGUUCCUUGAAACAUUGAUGUGUCCCAAUCUCAAGACUCUAUUUGUGGACAGAUGUCUUAAGUUAACGAAAUUUCCAAGUAGAUUCUUUCAAUUCAUGCCUCUAAUAAGAGUUUUGGAUUUGUCAGCCAAUUAUAAUUUAAGUGAGUUACCUACUAGUAUUGGUGAAUUGAAUGACUUGAGAUAUCUUAAUUUGACAUCCACAAGAAUAAGAGAGUUGCCCAUUGAGCUAAAAAAUUUGAAAAAUUUGAUGAUUCUGCGUCUGGAUCAUUUGCAAUCCCUUGAAACUAUCCCACAAGACCUCAUAUCAAAUCUCACAUCUUUAAAGUUGUUCAGCAUGUGGAAUACCAAUAUUUUCAGUGGAGUUGAAACCUUGCUUGAGGAGUUGGAGUCCUUGAAUGACAUCAGUGAGAUACGAAUCACCAUAUCUAGUGCUCUUUCAUUGAACAAAUUAAAGAGAAGCCACAAAUUACAGAGGUGUAUAAGCGAUCUACUGUUACAUAAAUGGGGGGAUGUAAUGACACUUGAACUAUCAUCUUCAUUUUUAAAAAGAAUGGAGCAUUUGCAGGAGCUUGAAGUACGCCAUUGCGAUGAUGUGAAAAUAAGUAUGGAAAGAGAAAUGACACAAAAUGAUGUUACUGGUCUCUCGAACUACAAUGUUGCAAGGGAGCAAUACUUUUACAGCCUUUGUUACAUAACAAUACAAAAUUGUUCAAAAUUGUUAGACUUAACGUGGGUUGUUUAUGCUUCAUGUCUAGAAGUACUUUAUGUUGAAAAUUGUAAAUCAAUAGAACUAGUACUACACCAUGAUCAUGGAGCUUAUGAAAUUGUGGAAAAAUCGGACAUAUUCUCAAGGCUCAAAUGCCUCAAGCUCAAUAAACUGCCAAGAUUGAAGAGCAUCUACCAGCAUCCUCUGCUCUUUCCCUCUCUUGAAAUCAUCAAGGUGUAUGAUUGCAAAAGCUUAAGGAGCCUCCCAUUUGAUUCCAACACUUCGAACAACAAUCUUAAGAAAAUUAAAGGAGGGACAAAUUGGUGGAAUCGGUUGAAGUGGAAAGAUGAAACCAUCAAGGACUGUUUUACUCCAUACUUCCAAGUCCACGAAGCUGAAGCAUAUUUUGCAGAGGAGUCUGAAACUGGCAACAUAGACGAUGAUAUGCAGGCACAGCUGGUAUCAAAUUAAUUUUUAUCCAUCUUUCAGGUAUUAAUUAACUUUUAUGUUAUAUUUGAAAAAUACUUUUCUUUCCUUAUUCAUUCUUUUGUGGAAAUUUUUACUUUACCUAUGUCAAAAGUGCAUCAAAGUUUCAAACAUCAUAAUAACUUUCAAUGUUUGAUCUGUAUAGAUUACUUCCAUAAUUUUCAGCCUAGUCCUAAUAACUUUCAAUCUAUUUUUUUCCCUUUUAUUUUCUUUCUCUUCUAUGUUGCUUUGAAUCUUUUGAGAUCCAAACAAAGCCAAAUCUACACCCCUUUCUAUAUCAUGGUCCUCCCCUUCCAAGAUCUUGGAUGGGUAAUUCAAUUCUAGUUGUUCCUUGUGAAAUAAUUGUUAUAAAAGGUUCACCCAUAUGGCACUUUGAAGGAGGUCUAUUGUUUCAAAAUGGGAUGACAUUCCCUGUUGGUUACUUGAGAACUUGAAAAUAAUUCAGAGUUUUAAACUAUAUUAUUUCUUUGUCUUAAUUUUUUUGAUCAAUUUCAAUCUAUAAACAGAAACAGAUCAACUUCUUUUCAUCUUAGUUCCAUAUAUUUCAAGCUGAACAACUGGGUUUCACAACUACUAUAGCUAUAGAUAUUCCAUUAAAGAAUUAUUGCCUUGUUAAGUUACAAGGGUAUUUUCUCUUCUAUUGUUAAGUUACCUCUAUCUGGUUGGCUCUGAUCACUUUUUGCUUUUCUAUUUUCUUUUUUUCAUUUCUCUUUUUGUUGCAUUCAGGGUUGGGCAGUUCUGGCAACAGCCGGGUUUUCAUCUUCUUUAUAUAGACUGUGUUGCUGCUGUUUUUGCUGAUUGGAGAUGUCCUGCUCUUUUUCCUUCUACUUGGAAUCUGGGUUUGGUCUGAGGUCUCUGGUAUGUUUCAUCAGGGAGGCGCAAAUGCUGAUUCUCAGAGCAUUGAUAUUUCAUGGUGUGUGUAUGUGAUAUAAUCCUAUGAACAUAGCCACAUGCUUUGGUUCAUAUACCAGAGCACCGCUUACUUCCUUGAGUUUGAUAUCCCACUGUCAAGUGUAUUGUUUGUGAUUGAAAUGUUUUGUGAGAAAAACUGGUUGAUUUUAACAUUUGAGGUUGUUAAUGGUGAUUUUUCUUAUUAU